AGCAGCAGCUUUUGAAAGUACCUUGUGGUUAGUGCAUUGUUGAGCUUGUGGGAACCCAUUGUGAAUGUGCUUUUUUUCAGUUCAAAUUAUUUCUAUCAACAUACAACAGAGACCACUCUAGCAGAAGCCUAUCCACAAAGACUGCAGUCACUGCUGUUUAUUGGAAGGAAAUUAAAUGUUUCCUGUUUCAGGCUUCACCUGUUAGAGGAUUACCUGCUUUCUGGUUUACCUUGAAAUGAGCUGGCGGUAAUGCCUGUAUAUGUGCUGUUGUAUGCAUGCGAUAUCUACUUCGCCUACAGCUCUUCAUAGAAAUUUACAGGAACUGCACAUUUGAUUUGGCUUUGCAAUACCUGUGUAAUUACAUGGGUGGUGCGUGCUGGGUCUUUUAUCAGCAUUUUUCACAUUUUAAAGUCACACACUGAUAAUUUAUUUAAAAGUGUAAAUGAAAAUGAAAGUAUACCAGCUGAGAUGGAUUAACUGCCUUCAAUGGGUUCAUAUCUAAUGCCAUGUUUUGGACUGCAGCUCAGUUGUGUUUCAGUUUUAUAUCUCAAACCUAGAUAAAUGCAACGAGAGAUGAUUUGUGUGGAGAUAUAACAGGGAGCACAGAGAAAUGGUAAUGAUGAAAAUGUAAAUAGUGGCCCAGAGCCUGAUGAAAGAAGGUGGUUUCCUAAAAUCUGACAGAGUGCACUGAAGCCAGCUGAUCAGCAGCAAGGGAUGAGGAAGUGGGCGUGUUUCCUCGGUGAGGCAGCUUAGUUUGAAGCACACGCGCACACACCCUUCACUUACUACUGACGGAAGAAGUCCUAGAAGACGGUCAUCUUUAUCUAUUUACAAAGCUACAACAAUCCAGAUCAUGGUGGUACCGAACUUGUGUCAAGCAGCCUUCGCGAUGCUUCGGCAGAUCGAGCCGAUCAUCGUGCUCGAGCAGCUGGGCAGCACUCUCUUUGAUACCGCACUGCAGAUGGUGGUCUGGGACCGCUGUGCCAACGCUACCGACCCGGGCCACUCCAGUGAGGAUGCCCAGCAGAAAGCCAUGACCGACUUCUACAUGAUCAACAACCUCAUUAUCCAGCUGACUCCCAUCUUUCCUGCGCUGUUCCUGGCAAGACUGAGCGACCGCGGCCGGAGGAAAGCCCCCAUCGUGUCCCCCCUCACCGGCUACCUGUUGUCUAGGGUCAUCCUGCUCCUGGUAGUCGUUCUAAAACUGCCGCUGCAGGUGAUGUUCGCGGCGGGGACUGUCCUCGGGCUCUCCGGCGGGUUCACCGCAUAUUGGCCCGGUGUAAUGACUCUAGCUUCACUCGGCUCCACGGCGGCCGACCGCUCCAAGGUGUUGAUGAAGGUGGAGUUCAUGUAUGGGUUAGCAGGCGUGGUGGGCAGCCUCGCUUCUGGCCAUCUGUUCCACCUGUACAGCUCCAGUUUGGGACAUGGGACCAUCCUGCUUAUCAUCAGCACACUGCUGCAUCUGCUCUGCCUCUUACACUCCAUAUUCCUGCUGCAGGUGAAAGGUGUAAGCGAUGGCGAGCCGGAGGAGAACCGCCACCUACUGUUACGCGCCUCCACUAACUCUUCAGUUGUCGAGGCUCCUGUUGAGAUAAACAGAGUGAAUGUGGCUCUGUUGUUUGUGGCUGCCAUCCUGUACGACUUUGCAGUGGGCGGAGCCAUUGAAGUACUGGGCGCCUUUGUGCUGAGAGCACCACUCAGCUGGAACGCCACUCUAGUGGGGUACGGGAAUGCAGCAGGCUGUGUGAUCUUCCUCACCAGUUACAUAGGUGUCAUCGGGUUUCGACGCUGCUGCAGCGACACCUCGCUCAUUCUGAUCGGCAUGGUGUCCUUCGCUGUCGGGAUUUACUUCAUGUCCUUUGUAACGACGACCCUCACUUUCUACCUCGCUCGUGCACUCACCCUGUUUGCUCUCAUCCCGAUGACCACAAUCAGAUCUCUGCUCUCACAGCAGGUCCCAGCUUCUUCAUGUGGCAUGACCCUCACCUUCCUGCAGCUCGCUCUGAAGUUUGCCAGCCUGGCGUACAUUCCCACUUUCACCAAGAUCUAUCAGGGAACCCUGGACUGGUUCCCAGGCUUUGUGUUCACACUAGCCAGUAUUUUCACAGUACUGGGAAUGACACCCAUCAGUAUCAUCGGCUGCAGAUCACCUCAGAGGUGGCAGUAUGAGAAGAUUUAGAGCGGCCGAACCAGUAACAUCAUCACCAGCACCAGCAGCACCAGCAGCAGCAGCGAGUGAGCAUUGGUGCAAGGCAGAAGGGAACUGAGACUUGAAACUACUUCCUGUGGUGUUAAAGCAGAAAAAGCAUUUCCUAUCCUACAGGGUUCCUCAGUUAUAAAAGAGGGCAAACAGUAUUUUUACAUCUAUUUGAGAUGUUACAUCUCCAAUAGACAACUGCCUCACAAAGACAGAAGCACAGAAGCUGCCACGGUGAUUUCCACAUAGUUUAGGAUUUGUCACGGACUGCGUUGGCUGCUUCUGUCAGCAAACUGUUACUCACACGCAGUUUUCAGCCACGGGUCAUGUUUUAAACAACUUCGUUAGGAGUUUUGUAUCCUGGAGUCCUCUCAGGCUGUUACAGGAACAGAAAGUUUGGCACAAGUUGAUCUCUGUUAUAAAUUCACCUGUUUUUACUUAACUGCCUACUGUUUUUGUAGAUUCGUAAACUAGAAGCUAGAAGUGGAAGUGUGGUUAUAAAAUCAGGGUUUUUUUGGCUGUUACUGUUUCUGUUUCCAUAUUUAAAGACUUUGCAGUUGUUACUGUACUUGCACAGUAAUGUGCACAAACCUAAUGAGAGUGCUGCUCUGAUGCCAGCUUAGCUGCAGUUUGGGUUUAGGUCAAAGCUACAUGAAGUGAAUCCAGUUUGAGUCACAGACGGUGUAAACAGUGGACAUGGCCACUGUGAUGUCUCAAGGUGAAGCCUCGAGGCUCGAGAAACCGCACAGUCAUUGGCUAACAGCUUCUGACUGAGUCUAAUAAAGAGGAUCAUUUAUGAAAUCUGAAACUAGCGACAUUUUCUUACAUCAUCUGUACAAGCCCUAACCCUGCAAUGCCAUCUAUAUUUUUUCUCAGACAUGAGUUUAAUGGCCAGCCCCCUGCUGGCCACGAAACGACAAUACAGAUUUCAUCAGACGCAGAAGGCACGCCCAUCUUUUUGUACUGUUUACAUCUGUGUCCUGUUCACAUCACCUUAACUCCUCUAGAGGUCACUGUUUCUGAGGUGUGACUUAAACCUGCUGCAAGCCUACGCUGCGUUUUACGGAAGCUCGUCUCUGUCAAAAACAGUUUCUGGCAUCCACAAAUGGAAAAUUAGAGUUACUAUCUCCAAAAUUUUGGUCUACAAAAUAAAAAAUACAGUUAUUACGUCAAAAUUUUGAGAUAACGAAACAUCGAAUGAGCUCUGCCAAUCAGGGUUUUUUUUUUUCAGUGGCGGAAACGAGCUUUCAGCCCCAAUACCAAACAUACCAAACUUUUUCUCUCUUUUUUUUUUAAACAGUGUUGUAUUAAGCUCCCUGAUAUAAUAGCUAAGCAUUACACCAGUGGCAACGGACUAAUUGCAUGCACUGCUUUUUAAAUCAGCAGGGCUUGCAUAGACGCCACUACAGAUUGGGCAACAAGCCUAAAAAAGUUGAAAGAAAAACAUACUCCAUAAGUCUGAUGCGCACUGUUGCACAUUAUAAGACUGAAACACGACGUUCAAUCUGUAAACCAUAGCAAAACAUUGCCCAGUUUUCUUUAGAUUGAACCGAUUUUUGCUGCUCAGAGGAUAUUAUUGAUUUUUUAAAUAUCAAAUAUUUUACCACCUGUCUGCGCCCAGUGGCAAACCAAUGUAAAUUAUUAACAAAACAGUCACCUCUUAAUUUCUUUGCUGCCAGAAACACAAAGAAAUAAGUUUCACAGGAAGCUAAUG